AUGACGGAGCAAUCGACCUUAAAAAAGGGCCCUAGCAGCAUGCCCGCGCCUGCUCCGGCACCGGCGCCGUCCACGGCUCCGAAGAAAAGUGACUACAAAGGGUUUGUCGCUGGGGUGUUUUCAGGUGUCGCAAAGCUGAGCGUUGGUCAUCCAUUCGACACUAUUAAGGUUCGCCUGCAGACCAGUAAAGAUGGCCACUUCAAGGGUCCUUUAGAUUGCACAAUGCAAACCUUGAGGAAAGAGGGCGUGAGGGGUCUAUAUAAAGGUGCUAGUCCACCGCUGGUCGGAUGGAUGAUGAUGGAUUCAGUUAUGCUCGGCUCUCUAUCCUUCUAUCGGCGAAUCCUCCUUGAGAAUGUCUACUCCAAACCUCACCUUCGUUCUUUGAUACCAUUUUCAAACCAAACUGAUUUGGCGACCCUCCCUACCUUCGGACAUGGUAUCGCAGGUAUCAUGGCCGGUACAACUGUCAGCUUUAUUGCUGCACCCGUCGAGCAUAUCAAAGCUCGACUCCAGAUUCAAUAUGCCGCUGAUAAGUCUAAGCGACUAUACAGCGGGCCGAUCGACUGCCUCCGGAAAAUUUUUCGAUCACAUGGUAUAAGUGGUGUAUACCGCGGUCUUUUUGCAACAAUAAUUUUCCGAGGCUUUUUCUUCUGCUGGUGGGGCUCUUACGACUUAUUUACUCGCUACUUCCAGCGGCAUACCAAUUUAUCUGCGCCUGCGAUCAACUUCUGGGCUGGCGGUCUCUCUGCACAGGUAUUCUGGAUCACUUCAUACCCGUCGGAUGUUGUCAAGCAGCGCCUCAUGACUGAUCCAAUGGGUGGUGCCGACGGACAGCGGCAAUUCCGCGGCUGGAAGGAUGCCGCUGUCGCCGUAUACCGCGAACGCGGAUGGGGAGGAUACUGGCGAGGAUUCUUGCCCUGCUUUCUCAGAGCAUUCCCAGCAAACGCGAUGGCUCUUGUUGCAUUUGAGGGAAGUGAUGCGGUCCCUGCCUUGAGCAUGGACCAACCCAAUGUCCUACCGGAAGAUGUACAUACUGCGCGAGGUACAGAGAAGGGCUCAUGA